AUGGGUUUGUAUUUUCCAGGCUGCUCCACUGCUCAGAAUCCAAUCACAGGCCCAGAGGAGGUGGGAGGUCAGGAGCAGGGCUCCUUGACUGUGCAGUGCCGUUAUACCUCACCCUGGAGGAGUUACAGAAAGUACUGGUGCCGGGGACCUGACUGGAGUACAUGUGAGAUUCUCAUUCAAACUGAUGCAUCAGAGCAGGUGAAGAAGAACCGUGUGUCCAUCAUGGACGACCAGACAGACCUCAUCAUCACAGUGACCAUGGAGGAUCUGAGGAUGAGCGAUGCUGACGUUUACUGGUGCACAAUUGACAAAGUUGGAUAUGAUUACAAGUUUAAAGUUGUUGUGAACAUUGACCCAGCCCCAGAAGUUUCACCUAAAAUAAUGACAACUAUAGCCACAGUUCUGACAUCGACAUCACCAACCACAGAAAGCACUGGCAACCAAGGAGUGACCCCAACAAGCCCCCUCACCUGCUGACAGCUUCCUGUUUCCCUUGCUUUAUGCAGGUCCCUGAUGAGCAGCCUCUACUUCAAGCUCCUGGUCUUUCUGGAGUUGCCUGUGUUCCUGAGCAUGCUCAGUGCUGUCCUCUGGGUGAACAGGCCUCAGAGAUGCUGUGGGCGAGGUGAAGUUGGUCUGGAGGGACCUACCUCCAUCCUGCCCCUUGGAGAGGCCCCUAUCACACCAGAAGAGCCUGGAGAGACACAAGGAGGUGCCAUGGGUAUAGAGAUGCACCUUCCACUUGCAUCAGGACCCCUAGAGUUGCAGUGA